GGCUCAUCGUGGCCAGAUUCCAAAGCAGAGGCCUGGUGACCCGGACCCUCAGAACUGAGCUGCUGGGGCCUCCAGGGGAGGAAGCUGUACCAGCAUGUGGACAGCAUGGUGUGUGGCUGCCCUGUUUGUGACCGCUGUGGGUGGCAGCCGCCAAGAGACAAACACAGUCCUCAGGGUCACCAAAGACGUGCUGAGCAAUGCCAUCUCGGGCACCCUGGAGCAGAGUGACGCUCUCCGCUCGGCCCUGAGGGAGGUGCCCAUGGGUGUCGGUGGUGUCCCUUACAAUGACUUCCAUGUCCGAGAGCCUCCCCCCAAAUACACCAAUGGCAGACAGCUUGGUGGCAAUUACAAAUACGGGCACAUUGACACCAACGACAACACUGCCCAGCUGGGGGGCAAGUACCGCUACGGAGAGAUCCUGGAGCCCGACGGCAGCAUCCGCGACCUCCGCAGCGGCGACGAUCGCGGCAGAUACCGUUCCGCGGAAGGUGCAGCCCUCGGGGACCACCGGCAUCACCGCCACCGGCGAGAGCUGCGGCCUGGGGAGAUCCCAGCUGGGGUGGCCACCGGGGCCCUGGGCCCUGGGGGCCUGCUGGGCUCGGGCGGCAUGCUGGCCAACGAAGGCAUCCUGUCGGGCCAAGGAGGCCUGCUGGGCGGAGGCGGUCUCCUCGGGGACGGAGGACUUCUUGGAGGAGGCGGCGUCCUGGGUGUGCUCGGCGAGGGCGGGAUUCUCAGCACCGUGCAAGGCAUCACGGGGCUGCGCAUUGUGGAGCUGACCCUCCCGCGGGUGUCCGUGAGGCUGCUGCCCGGGGUGGGCGUCUACCUGAGCCUGUACACCCGCGUGGCCAUCAACGGGAAGAGUCUCAUUGGAUUCCUGGACAUCGCCGUGGAGGUGAACAUCACGGCCAAGGUCCGGCUGACCAUGGACCGCACAGGCUAUCCGCGGCUGGUCAUCGAGCGCUGUGACACCCUGCUGGGGGGCAUCAAAGUCAAGCUGCUGCGGGGGCUUCUUCCCAACCUCGUGGACAACUUAGUGAACCGGGUCCUGGCCAACGUCCUCCCUGACUUGCUCUGUCCCAUCGUGGACGUGGUCCUGGGUCUCGUCAACGACCAGCUGGGGCUCGUGGACUCUCUGGUCCCGCUGGGGAUCCUGGGGAGCGUCCAGUACACCUUCUCCAGCCUGCCCCUGGUCACCGGGGAGUUCCUGGAGCUGGACCUCAACACUCUGGUGGGCGAGGCCGGCGGAGAGCUCAUCGACUACCCACUGGGGCGGCCAGCUGUGUCUCCCAAGCAGAGGAUGCCCGAGUUGCCGCCCAUGGGCGACAACACCAACUCGCAGCUGGCCAUCUCGGCCAACUUCCUGGGCUCCGUGCUCACCCUGCUGCAGAAGCAGGGGGCGCUGGACAUCGACAUCACCGACGGCAUGUUUGAAGAGCUUCCUCCGCUCACCACGUCCACACUGGGAGCCCUGAUUCCCAAGGUGUUCCAGCAGUACCCAGAGUCCCGGCCGCUCACCAUCAGGAUCCAGGUGCCCAACCCUCCCACGGUGACGCUGCAGAAGGACAAGGCGCUGGUGCAGGUGUUCGCCACCUCUGAGGUCGUGGUGUCCCAGCCCAAUGACGUGGAGACCACCAUCUGCCUCAUCGACGUGGACACUGACCUCUUGGCCUCAUUUUCUGUGGAUGGGGAUAAGCUCAUGAUCGAUGCCAAGCUGGACAAGACCAACCUCAACCUCCGGACCUCGAAUGUGGGCAACUUUGAUGUAAGUGCCACAUCGGGCCCAGGGAGCAUCCCGGGCUGGGGAAAGCUCCUCUGGGGACGGCCUCUCCCCGGGGCCAGAGAGGCUGGGACUCCAGCAGGUGGCCGGCCUCCUCGUGGACGCAGAGAUGGGGAACCUUCUCAGGAUCUGGGCAACUUUCCCAUAAGGAAGCUGACGUCAGGGAGGUUCAGUGACUGGCCGGAGGGGACGGAGGGCUGGAAGUUGCAGUGGGCUGAGUGGCGGGCGCUGAGCACCCUGCAGAUCUCUGACAUGAAGGACUUUCACAACCAGCUUAGCAAACAUGUCCCCUCCUCUGUGCUGUGUCCAGGGCUCUGUGGUGCUGGGGACACCGUCCUGCCUGCAGGGAUCCCUCGGCGCAGCAGGGUGACAGUGACAGUUUGCCGUGUCUCUGCUGGAGGCUCUUGGUCCCACGGUGGCCCAGUCACCUGGGUCAGGGACCUUGCGAGGAUGGGCCAGCAGGACAGCCUCGGGGACGGCCCUCCACCCACAGGGAGGCAGGGCGACCGUGUGCUGUGGCCCGGAGGGUCGGCAGGCGCGAGGAGGUGGCCAGGCUUGGGGGCCUCCUGGCCGCGCUGGCCUCGCCUGACCUGGAGCCGCUGGGGUUGUUUUUCAGCCGUGCUGGGUUCCGGGGUCCCUCUCCCCAAAAUCCUCAACAUCGACUUCAGCAACGCAGACAUCGACGUCUUGGAGGACCUUCUGGUGCUCAGCGCUUGAGUGACAGAGGCAGAGACGUUGUUGGAAGAAGCCAGAACCAGCCCUGGAGAGGACUGGCCUGGACACGGUCCAGGGCCCUGAAGCCCUGAGGCCUCCACAGCAGGCCCCUCCCAGCCUCCAAUCCUCUACUCCACCUGCCUCCACCUGACAGAAAGGAUCCAGCCACUGCCCCUUUGGCAAACUGUACCAUGCAGUCCCCGGGCUCUGCAGGGGAGGAGGUGGCCCUGAGGACUGGGCCUCAGGCAGAUCUAACUCCAGGAGUUAUCUUGACUUUCAAUAAAACUUUCCCUUUCCGCA